UCUCAUUUCUCAAAGCCAAGUGCCGUGCUGCGGACCGGGUCCACCGGCAGGCACACACGCCCCAUUUAUCGUCACCACUCGGCACUUGCCACCUUCCCUCUCCUCCUCGCCUCUCGCCUCACCUUCUUCGUCGUCCUCCUUGCAGAGGUUGCAGACAGGCAGGCUGCAGGGUGUUUGGAAGACGUUUCUGGUGGGGAGGGUUCGGUUGGGCCUCCCAGCUUCUUCGCACGGUUCAGAGGCGAACUGAGAGGAGGGGGAGGACGGAGGAUAGCAAUGGUGUGAUGUCUGGUUGGUGACCGGUUCUUGCAGUUGCAAGGCAGCUAGUCGAUUCGUUGCUCCGGGAGCAGCCAUGGAUGCAAGGAACAGAACAGCUCCGGUGGUUGAUACCUCGUCAUGCUUGUGCCGAGUGGACAGAUCAGCCGCCGCCGCCGCGGCGAGGCGCCUCCCGGUGUCCAAGGCGUGCGUGCAACCGAGCCUCAGGGCGUCCAUCCACCCGCUGAAGCCGAAGGCGUCGCCGCGGCCGGCGGCCGAUCGGAGCAGCGGUGGGCAAUGCCCGCUGCUCCCCGGCCUUCCCGACGAUCUCGCUAUUGCCUGCCUCAUCCGGGUGCCCAGAGCCGACCACUGCAAGCUGAGGCUGGUGUGCCGGAGGUGGCGCCGCCUGCUCGCCGGCAACUACUUCUACGGCCUCCGGCGGCGUCUCGGGCUCGCCGAGCAGUGGCUGUACGCCGUGAAGCGCGGCGGCAAGGACGGGCGCGUGUCGUGGGACGUGCUCGACCCGUCGCGCGGCGCGUGGCGCGCGCUGCCGCCCGUGCCGCGCGAGUACGCGGACGCCGACGGCUUCGGCUGCGCCGUGCUCGGCGGCUGCCACCUGUACCUGGUCGGCGGCACGGACCCGCGCGGGGGCGGCGCCAUGCGGCGGGUGGUGUUCUACAGCGCUCGGAGCAACCGGUGGCACCGCGCGCCGGACAUGCUGCGCCGGCGGCAAUGCUUCGGCGCGUGCGUCAUGGGCAACCGCCUGUACGUCGCGGGCGGCGAGAGCGGCGGCGGCGGCGGACUCAGGUCCGCCGAGGUGUUCGACCCCGCCAAGAACCGGUGGUCGUUCGUGGCCGAGAUGGCCGCGGCGAUGGUGCCGUUCGUCAGCGCGGUGCACGGCGGGCGGUGGUACGUCAAGGGCCUCGGCGCGCAGCAGGAGGUGGUGAGCCAGGCGUACUCGCCGGAGACCGACUCGUGGACCGUCGUGCUCGACGGCAUGGUCACCGGCUGGCGGAGCCCCAGCGCGUGCCUCGACGGCAGGAUCUACGCCGCCGACUGCAAGGACGGCUGCCGGCUGAGGUCCUACGACGAGGCCGCGGACGCGUGGACCACCUGCGCCGACAGCAAGCAGCACCAGGGGAGCUCCCAGGCGGCGGAGGCGGCCGCCAUUGUCGCGCUCCACGGCAGGCUCUGCGUCGUCCGCAACGACAUGAGCGUCUCGGCCGUCGAUGUCGCGGCCGGGGAGGGAAGCCAGCAGAGCUGGGAGACCCUCGCCGGCAAAGCGCAUGCUAAGAGCUUCGUCACGGGCCUCUUGUCCAACCUCGCCGGCCGUGGCCGGGCCAAGAACCACAUCCUCCAUUGCCAAGUUCUUGAGGCCUAGCUGAUAACUUGCUGCUCCAUGUGUUCUAUGUAGAAUCACACACUGAAAGAGAGAGAGAGAGAGAGAGAGAGAGAGAGAGAGAGAGAGAGAGAGAGAGAGAGAGAGAGAGAGAGAGAGAGAGAGAGAAAUUCUUCCAUAUUGGCUGAGGAGUUUUUGAUCAGUGAGAAAAUCCUCGUGCUUGCUGUAGAGUUUUGAAAAAAAAGUGAGAAUUACAUCCGAAGGAAGUGAUCAUUGUACAGACAGUUCAUAUGAUAUAUUGAUAUUUGAAAAGUUCAUAGCACACAUAA